AGUACAUUGAGCAACCAGAGGAAGCUGGUCUGGUCUAACUCCAUCUAAUUAGGGCUGCACGGCCUUUUGAUGGCCAAGACGUAUCUGGAAGUCUCCCCGCAUGCAACCCUUCUCAUAAUCGACCGCGCUCAGUCAGUUGGGGGUUCAUGGGCAGCAGAGCGACUGUAUCCCGGUCUGAAAACAAAUAACGUUGUCGGUUCAUACGAGUUUAGUGACUUCCCCAUGAUACCUGAAAGAUAUGGUCUGAAGCCGGGUGACCACAUACCCGGACGUGUGGUUCACCAAUACUUCCAUGGCUUCGCCGAGCGGUUCGACCUUUAUCGUCGAAUUGCCUUUGGAACCACGGUUGACUCCAUGGAGCUUCAAAAUGAUGGGCGUUGGAAGAUCGCCAUCGACACAGACGCAGAGUUGGGUGCCUCCCAUCGGUUGACAAAGAUAUGUUUUGCACACAAAGUCGUCCUGGCGACAGGUCUCACUUCUGAGCCGUACUUGCCGAGCUUUUCGGGCCAAAGCGAAUUUCUAGGAACGAUCCUGCAUGCUAAACAGCUCAAAGCACAAACACAGGCGCUCGAGAAUUCAACAAGGACGGCUGUAAUUGGAGGAAACAAGUCAGCUUGGGACGCCUGUUACCAAGCUGCACACUCCGGAGCCCACGUCGACAUGAUCAUCCGACCGUCCGGGGGUGGCCCUAGUUUUGUUUGGCCCGUUUCGUUCAACUUUCUUGGCCUUCAAACAUCACUCUCCCGUUUGACUGCCACCCGAUUCUGUACCUGCUUUGACCCCAGCCCCCUUGGGGCUGUAGGCCCUCUCUCUUCAUUACAGCGCUUUCUACAUCACACGCCCAUCGGUCAAACCUUGCUAUCUUAUUUUUGGACAGAACUUAAUAACCUUAUCAGAAGGUUGAAUGGUUAUAAUGAUCAUCCCGAGUUGAAGAAGCUCGAACCAUGGAUUACACCGUUUUGGUUGGGGAACUCCCUCAGCAUACAUAACUACGAGUCUAACUGGUUUAACCUUGUUCGUGACGGGAAAGUCCACGUUCAUAUUGCAGACGUGACCUCCCUCUCUAAGUCUAGAGUGCAUCUCUCCAAUGGGACAAUCCUGGAUGCAGAUACUAUAGUGUGUUGUACUGGAUGGAACGCACAGCCUUCAGUCAGGUUUGAGCCUGCCGAUGUGGCUGUAGACUUAUGCUUUAGGGGUGGAUCAACAAGAACAGAUUGUACAACUGGAAUGGACUUUACUGAGUCGAUAUAUUUCCAGCAUCCGUCUCUGCAGAUGUUUCCCAGGAGAGAGCCGAAUGCACCUCCGGUUGAAUCGCAGCAUCUAGAGCACAAAAAAGACCGUACAAGCUUCGACCUGUAUAAGCUAUCCGUUCCCUGGCAACCUACGUUCAUGAAGCUUAAAAACUUGGCGUUCAUCGGUGCCCACGCCUCUAUACACACAACUAUGGUCGCCCAGGCUCAGUGCUUGUGGGUCACAGCAUUCUUCCAUGGAUGUGUGGCACAUCUCAAUCCAGAAAACAUUGACCUGGAGGCAGUCAGGCAUGAAGCAGCCUUUUACAGUACCUAUGGUCAGCUUCGCCGGCCAGGAACAAGUGGAGGAUCUGGUGAGACCCAGAGGAAGAAAAGUUUCAUGGGAGAAAUAUUUGAGCCUUAUCAGCUCAAGGAUUAUAGGGGUCUAGUCCAGGAAUGGACAUCACUCCAUUUUGCGUCGCUAAAAAAUGACUGAUAUCUAUCAACAGUACUCACUUAGAUCAGAAUUUGACCCCACAGGGUGCCUCAUUUGCAUGUAAAUGUGCAGUCUUUCAAGCCUUCCCAUAAGAUACUAGUAGCCUAGCUCUAGAUCAGACGCUGUUCAUUCGAUAAAUCCUGUUAACACCAGGC